AUGAUAUUCGGUGGUGGAAAAAAAGACAGAGACGGGCUUAAGAUGGUAAUUAUGGGCCCGCCUGGUGCUGGCAAAGGUACACAAUCACCAAAAAUCAAAGAAAAAUAUUGCAUCUGUCAUUUAGCGACCGGAGACAUGUUGCGUUCGCAGGUAGCCGCGCAAACACCGUUAGGAGUUGAAGCCAAGAAAAUUAUGGAAUCCGGUGGAUUAGUCUCUGAUGAAAUAAUGGUCGGAAUGAUAGAAGAUGAACUAAAGAAUAAUCCUAAAUGUAAAAAAGGAUUUAUUUUAGAUGGAUUUCCACGUACAGUUCCACAGGCGGAAAAACUUGAUGCGAUGUUAGAAAAAGAUAACAAGAAACUGGAUCAUGCUGUCGAAUUGGUCAUUGACGAUAAUCUUCUCGUUUCACGCAUCACUGGCCGUUUAAUUCAUCCUGCUAGUGUUCCUAAUACUGACGAUGUAACGGGAGAACCGCUUAUCCAACGUGCAGAUGACAAUGCGGAAACUUUAAAGAAACGAUUAGCCACGUAUCAUCAACAAACUACACCGGUUGUAAACUAUUAUAAGCAAAAGGGGAUAUGGUCCUCGGUUGAUGCUGCUCAAUCACCAGCGGUUGUUUGGUCGAGUUUAUUGGCAAUUUUCGAUGAUGGUUCAAAGAAAAAACAGUGGCAAUGA